AUGGCUUCCGCUCCAUCUACAGUCCUCAUCAUUGGCGCGAGCCGAGGCAUUGGACUCCAACUGGUUGAGAAAAGUCUGGCCAAAUAUCCCAGUGCAGUGAUCUAUGCAACAGCCAGGUCAUCCGCAACAGCUGUUGGUCUUCAAAAGCUGCACAAGGACCAUCCAGGCCGCAUCCACAUCCUUGAAGUGGACGUCGCCGAUGCUUCCUCCAUACAUCUGUUGAAGGAAACUAUCUCCCAAACAACCUCAACUCUAGACCAAGUCAUUUACAGUGCCGGUGUCCUCAAGGGUCUUGGACCCCUGACCGCGGCCGGACUGGAUGGCCUGAAAGAGAACAUGACGGUCAACUUGUUUGGUGCUUACGCGAGCGCCAUGGAGUUCUUCCCUUUUGUUGAGCGGUCUACUUAUCCUAAAAAGGUACUCACAUUCAUUGGGAGUAGCUUUGGAUCCAUUACCACUUUCAAGGAGAAUUUUGAGAUGCACAACUUGAUCUUUGGGACAACUGGGGUGAAUAUGACGGCUGCGUACGACAUUUCCAAGACUGCUGUGGAGCGACUUGCCUUUGAGCUCGAUCUGGAGCUUCGCCCGAAGGGUGUUCCAGUCCUCCUGAUUCAUCCGGGUCUUCCCAAGACCGACAUGAACCCCAUGGGUAAUAUCACUGUCGAUGCUAGCGCAACUGGAGUCAUCGAUGUUAUUGGUGAAUACACCGCAGAUCGGGAGGAACGAUUCCUUGAUUUUCAGGGAAAGGCUGUUCCUCUCAACUCUGUCGGCAAAGAUAAGCAGGGUAUUGCGGGCUCGUUGAUCGGUACCAUCAUAACAUACGGCAUGAGUAUCGGACUUGGCUUUGCAGGUACCGUUGAGAAGUAUACCAUGCUUCAUAGUUCAGAUACGGCAGGCUACCGAAAUGCCCUCUAUCUGGGUAUUGGAAAGGAUCUGCGCACCGAAAUGAAGAAAAACAAGCAAAACAUGACGUCCGGCGGUUAUCGCCGCCCAUCAGCCCCGAUAAAGACGUCAACUUCAACUCCAACUCCAACUUCCCCUCCACUCUUCUCCCUUCCUACACACAUCAUGAGCCUCACAACUCAAGAACUGGAGAUUCUCUCCACCAAGGCCAUUGACGCCAAGGCAACUGCCUACUGCCCAUACUCCAAGUUCCGCGUCGGAGCAUGCAUUCUGACUUCAUCCGGUGAAUUUAUCUCCGGUGCUAAUGUCGAAAAUGCUUCGUACCCUGUCGGUACCUGCGCAGAGCGAGUAGCUUUUGGAACUGCCAUUGUGGCUGGUCACAAGGACUUCAAGGCCCUUGCUGUUGCGACGGAUAUCACUCCUCCUGCGUCACCCUGUGGAAUGUGCAGACAGUUUAUCCGCGAGUUCACUACGCCUUCAUUCCCCGUCUACAUGUAUGACGGCGAAGGCAAGUACAAGAUCAUGACCAUGGCCGAGCUACUACCCGACUCGUUCGGACCGAGCGACCUCACACAAGAAUGA